AGUGAGUCACAUAACCCUCUUGGAAAGAGUCUCAACACUUGCAGAGAAAAAGAACAAGGAAGAUCCCGGAAAAUGGCAACGGCGAUUGUACGUUCAGCUCUUUCCCGAGCAGUGACUCGCGCAGCUCCGAAGACAUCCGUCGCUCCUAAGCGAAACUUUUCCUCUUCCGCCGGCCAUGACGAUGCUUAUGAAGCUGCGAAGUGGGAGAAGAUAACUUAUCUGGGUAUUGCUAGUUGCACUGCUCUAGCUGUCUAUGUUUUAUCCAAGGGCCAUCAUCACGGCGAAGACCCUCCUUGUGAGACAAUGUUAAUAUCACCAGUGAAAACGGAUAGAAGUAUGCAGAUGAUGAGAAUGUUACGAAAGCUACAUUUUUUGCCUUUACUGAUUUCGUUUAUCUCAUUCAUUCUGCUUUUUAAGUUUAAGCAUACAUUGCCUGAAACUGUCAUGAACCAUUAUUGUCUACUUGUUGCAGGCCUAUCCGCAUAUGCACAUCCGCAACAAGGAGUUUCCUUGGGGUAUGUGUACUUUUCCAGUUUUCCUAUCGUCCAUCUUACUGUCUUUCAUUUCGUGAUCUUCAGCUUUGAUAAUGCUGUUUAG